AUAAUCUAUUUCCUUAGUGUAAUGCGAAUCCAACGAUGAACGUUCUUGUUUGCCAAAGACAUAUAGUCAAAUACUAAAAAUGCGUUUCCAUGAAGCCGAUUCAAUUUUCAUCUAAAUACGUACCUAUUCGAUUUCUUUCCAAGUUUACAUUAUAACGUAUUCCAACAAGUCUUUUCGAGCUCUCCUAAGAGGGUACUUUGUCAUGGAAUACUACUACCCUUGCUUCCUUCCUCAACUUCUGACCCUUUACCGAAUUUGAUUGACUUUACUGCUGUGUCCUUUGAAAAGUUUUGAUUCUGCGUAUCGCUUCAAAGGUAGUCAUUUUAUAGGAAGCACAUUGAUCUUUCUUUGCGUCGUAUACCUUACGUUGUGUUUCCUGAAGAAAAUUUUCCCUUUUCCGCACCUUCUUUUUGUGCUUAUUCCCUUAGCCUUCUUCGUUAAGCCAAGCAUUCUUUAGCUAUUUUUGUUUUUUCAUCUUCUAUCUGAAAUCAACUGCUUCAAAAUGACAAAAAACGCGUUUUCGUCCAUGGCUGAUUCAGUCUCUUCCUUUUUCCAGUCUUUGACAACGUCUAACAGACACGCAGAUCCUUCCUUCAACCCUUCUCGACGCGAUAAGCAAUCGAGACUUCCUACUCCGUUACAGUCCAUUGCAACUUCUGGGUAUACUGGCGUCAAUGCUAGUCAAACUGGAUUGUUGAGCGACAGCAGGAGUAACUCUACUCAAAAUCUUUCAAACGUAAGUUCUCAAGCACCAACAAAGGUUCCUUACGUACCUGGAAGCCGUUCCAAUGAGCUUGCAAACAGCGCGAUGGACAUCCAAAUGCAAGAUAUUAGCCCUAAUGGAACUGCUUCCUUGCCUGCUCCAGUUUCUGAGUCUUGGAGACGUAUUGAUCGUUGGGCUGAAGAAAACUAUUACGAGUUGUACUGCCAAUUGUGCCCUGGUGCUACUGCCGCUGAUGUUGACAGUCUCGAGUAUGAAUUGGAAUGCACUUUACCUCGUGACGUUCGAGAAAGCUUGUACAUUCAUGACGGUCAAGAUCGUGGUGGACAGCUUACCGGUAUCUUGUUUGGCAUUACAUUGUUGGAUAUUGAGGAAAUUGAGGAAGAAUCUGAACUCUGGCGUCGUGUUGCUCAAUCUUAUGCCGAAGCCACUAUAGCAGGAAAAAUUGAUCAAGCUGUAGCUUCUCGCCAAUCUUCUUUUCCACCGGGUGCUGUUCAAUGUGUUUAUGCUCAUCCUGGCUGGAUUCCAUUCGCCAAGGAUUUUGUCGGUAAUAACAUCGCCGUAGACCUUGCUCCAGGCCCGGCUGGUCAUUGGGGUCAAGUAAUUCUGUUUGGUCGUGAUCAGGAUACCAAAUAUGUCAUAGCCCGUUCUUGGGCCGACUUUUUAGCAAUCGUGGCCUAUGACAUGGAAAACGGAAAAUGGAUAGUUGAUGAGGAAGAUAACUCCUUGCGUCUUAUAUAUGGUCCUCCCCGUGAACAAUGGUCCUAUCUUGAUAUUCUAAAGUAUAGAGCUCGUAAGGCUGAAAGAAGAAAACAUAAGAAACAAGAGACCAAGAAAACCGCUGUUGUUCCGAAGGACCAAGGAAAUCCUAACGAACAAGACUUAAGUUCUUCAACCGCUGUUUUGGAAAGCGGCCUGGAAGACGUUCCACUUUACGGCCAUUCCAAGGAUGAUGACCAUUUGUUGAAGAAAGAAGCGGAAGAAGAAGAUCUUGGUUUAAUGGAUACUCCUCAAAACAACAAACCAAUGAGCUUGGUUUCUGAUGAUAAGGAAAUUACUAAGAAGCCUGCCACUGCAGAUGCCGAAGAAGCAUCCAUCACCAGGUCUGACGAAGUUGAGAAAAAUGAAUCUACUUCCGAAGCAAAGAAAGAGGUUUCCAACGAAUCUGAAAAGGAAGCUGUUAAUGAUACUGCUUCAAAGGGGGAAGAACGGGAAGCCUCCAAUGAACAAAAAGAAGAGUAAACUAAAAACAAUAUAGGAUUACAUGUAUUUUUGUCCUUGGAUUUCCGCUUAGUUACACAAUUAUCAUGAUGACCUUUUAGCUGUCUGCUUUCAAAAAGCCUUAUUUUUUUUCUAUCUAUCUAUUUUGAUUUACGCGUUUGACUAAAACUUUUAAGGCUCUCUUUUUAUACCAAUAUUUUUUUUAACUUGAAUUUCCUUUCUUUUAUAACUAACUUAUGACUGUGCAAUAAUCUUUUCUACGUUGCAAUAUAUAUACUUUUAUUAUUCGAUAGAACUUAUCAUGGAAAUCACCAGGCGUUUUUAGACUA